AUGUUCCGUCAGCCGACGCUGAUCAACCGCAACGUGUUGAACGACGGGUCGCUUAACAUUCGGCAUUGCUCUUCGAUCAGUCGGGCAACCCGUUCCAGUUCCAGGCGGAUCGAACGGCGUCCCGCGCUCGCGCGACGGCAGGCAACGUCAUCGGCUGUCUGCCCGGCUUUUUUCCUGCCAAGGCGGCGAUCUGUCGGGCAACGUCGAUGCCGGGCGUUCGUUAGCCGAAGAUCCAGCGGACCAACAACCAGCCGGUCGGCGGCCAGAACCGCCCCAAUCCCGACCAUCCAAUGCGCCAACCUUAUGUCCCGGCACUGGUCAAGGCGGCUCGUGCCACGGCGCAUCACCCACUCCCCAGUACGGCACCAGCAAUGCCGCGCUGGCAACAGCCGUCUAUACCGAUCGCCGGCCAGUUCCGCUUCGUCGCAGGCGCUAAUGGGCGUGAGGCGGUCGCUGUCCGCUGACUAUCCCAUUGACAUUCAUUACGAGCACGGCACCAACUAUACCGGGAUAUCGACGUCAGCAACAUCACGCUGUCGCGUCGGUUCAACCGCCAGCGAUCAACGCGACCACGUUGAACGGCGCGAUCGUCUGCGCGCGACCCCACGGCGCGCGCUAAUGGCUGAUGUGCAUGCGGAGUUCUCGAGGGGUUCAGCGCCGGUGGCGCUGGACCUCAAGAAGCUCCCGCAUGGUCGAAGAAACCUUCCUGCGCGGCAACAGCGUGUCGCUUGUGGCGCGCACGCAUGGAGUAGCGCCCAAUCAACUGUUUGCUGGCGCCGACAAGCAGCAAGCGGAGCACUGACCGCCACCCGUGCUGGUGGCGAGGUGGUUCCGGCGCGAAUAUCGCGCGCUUGA